AUGAAUGUUAUAUUAAGUAUCGACCAAAGUACCCAGUCAACGAAAUUGAUAUUUUUCGAUGAGGAAUUAAAAGUGCUGCACAUGAACAGCAUGAACCAUGAGCAGAAAUGCUUUAAACCAGGGUGGUAUGAACAUAACCCGAUUGAAAUUAUGAAUAACUUAUACACACUUAUGAACGAGGGUUUAAAAAGUUUAAAAGAAAAGCACAAAGAUGUAACAAUCACAUGUAUAGGUAUUACGAAUCAAAGAGAAACUGUAAUCAUAUGGGAUAAAAUAACAGGAAAACCGCUAUAUAAUGCCAUUGUAUGGUUAGAUACGAGAGUGGAAGAUACAGUUUCGGAGUUUUCAAAAAAGUAUAAUAAUGAUGAUUUCCAGAAAAAAACAGGAACCUAUUUUAACACAUAUUUUAGCGCUUUUAAAAUUUUAUGGCUAAUUCAAAACAAUCCAGAAAUUAAGAAAAAGGUAGAUGAUGGUACAGUGGUAAUUGGAAAUAUAAACACAUGGAUAAUAUACAAUUUAACGAAAGGAAAUUGUUACACAGAUGUAACAAAUGCAUCUAGAACCCUUUUGAUGGAUAUUAAUACAUUAACGUGGGAUGAAAAUUUGUGUAAAAUGUUUGGUAUUACAAAUAUGUCAGUUUUACCAGAAAUUAAACAUAACACUUUUAAUUUCGGUUCAGUAAAAUCUGAGCAAGUACCAGAUUAUGCUAAUAUACCAAUUACUGGUUGUAUUGGAGAUCAGCAAAGUGCAUGUAUUGGCCAAGCUAUAUAUGAUGAAGGAGAAGCGAAAUGUACAUAUGGUACAGGAGUUUUUUUAUUAAUAAAUACAGGAAAUAAAGUUGUAUAUUCGUCUUGCGGUUUAAUUACUACAGUGUGUUAUAAAUUGAAUGAAAAUGAUAAAGCGAAAUAUGCUCUGGAAGGUUCUAUAGGUACAGCAGGUUCUGGUGUAUCAUGGCUUUUAAAAAAUAAUUUAAUUUCACAUCCAAGUGAAACUAGCUAUAUUAUGGAAAAUUGUGAAAAUACUGGUGGUGUUGUAUUUGUCCCAGCUUUUAGUGGCUUAUAUGCACCCAGAUGGAGAUCAGAUGCAAGGGCAUGUAUAACAGGUAUGACAUUUAACACUGGAAAGGAACACAUUGUUAGAUCCCUCUUAGAAGGCAUUGUUUUUCAAUUAAAUGAAAUUGUAGGAUCAUUAAUUUCAGACAUGGGAAUAGAAAUGUUACAUGUCUUAAGAUGUGAUGGAGGAAUGACUAAAAAUAAAGCAUUUAUGCAAUUUAAUUCUGACAUAAUAAAUACAAGAAUUGAAGUUUCUACACAUGCAGAAGUAACAGCUUUAGGUGCUGCUGUAUUGGCUGGUUUGGGGAAAAAAAUAUGGAACGAUUUAGAUUCUGUUAAACUCUUAAUACGAAAUAGCGAUUUUACAUUUAAUUCAAAAAUGGAUGAAAAAAACAGAAAAAAAAAAAUUACCGAGUGGAAUAAAGCCGUCGAGAGAUCAUUGUUGCAGAUGUAA